UUACGUAUAAAUAAGAAUAACAAAUGGCCGUCCCGUGAGCUGUCUUCCUGUCGCUCAUCCGUUUAGGUCUCCGCUGGGUCGCCAUUUGACUCUCUCACACACACCAGCACUGAACUAUCUUUGGCGAUGAACAUUUCAGGACCAAGAGAAGAUGAAGAUGAAGAACAAACUCGUCAGAGGAAGCUUGAAGAAGCCCUCGAAGUCAAAUCGCUCCGGCGGAUUGUCAGUGCAUACCUCAACUAUCCAGAGGCUUCAGAAGAAGACGUGAAAAGAUAUGAAAGAUCGUUCAGUAAGCUUCCUCCCGCUCAUAAGGCUCUAUUAUCACACUUUCCCUUGAAGUUUGAGAGACUAAGAAGGUGUAUUUCCACGAAUUCAUAUUUCAUCUUUAACAUGCUUCAGGCGUUUGAACCUCCACUUGAUAUGAGCCAAGACACUGAUUGUUGUGAUGGUUCAUAUCCUGAUCAUGCCCAUGAUGAUCAAUUUUGUUGUAGAGGAGAAAAAGAUGCCAAUGAGAAUUUAUGUUCUCGGGAGAGCAAUGUAUGUUCUGGUGAGCCAACCUCAACAAGUGGAAGAAUGUGUUCUUUAGAAUCCAAACAAAUCUGCUGUCCUGAAGGUGCAAGUGACUUGACCAAGGCAUCAACUAUCAACCAGGAAGUCGAAAAUGGUGUUAACCAUGAUCAACAUUUGGAAGAGAAGGAAGUCACAGAUAAACACAGUGGACACUGUGCUUCUGAUUGCAAUGGAAAUGACUGUUCAUCAUCUCAUGAAUGGCUGGACCCAUCUCUACAGUUGAAUGUUCCAUUGGUUGAUGUGGAUAAGGUGCGUUGUAUUAUAAGGAACAUAGUCAGGGAUUGGGCUGAAGAGGGUCAAAAAGAGCGUGACCAGUGCUAUAAGCCUAUCCUUGAAGAACUUCAUUCCCUUUUUCCAGAUCGAAAAAAAGAGAGUCCACCUGCUUGUUUAGUCCCUGGAGCUGGACUUGGACGACUGGCUCUAGAGAUUUCAUGUUUAGGUUUUAUAAGUCAGGGGAACGAGUUUUCAUACUACAUGAUGAUAUGCUCAAGUUUUAUUCUUAAUCAUACCCAGAAGGUUGGUGAAUGGACAAUAUAUCCCUGGAUCCACAGCAAUAGCAACUCACUUUCAGAUAGUGAUCAACUUCGUCCUGUUUCAAUACCAGAUAUCCAUCCCGCAAGCGCAGGGAUUACUGAAGGUUUCUCAAUGUGUGGUGGCGAUUUUGUUGAAGUAUACAGCGAUCCAAGCCAAGUAGGACUAUGGGAUGCAGUUGUGACUUGUUUUUUCAUCGAUACUGCUCAUAAUAUUAUUGAAUAUAUAGAGGUCAUAUCCAGAAUUUUGAAAGAUGGAGGAGUGUGGAUAAAUCUAGGGCCUCUGCUAUACCAUUUCGCAGACAUGUAUGGUCAAGAAGAUGAAAUGUCCAUUGAACCAAGUCUAGAAGAUGUGAAGAAAAUUAUAUUGCAUUACGGCUUUGUGUUUGAGAAGGAAAGGACAGUUGAGACGACAUACACAACAAAUCCUAGAUCAAUGAUGCAAAAUCGAUAUUAUGCUGCAUUCUGGACUAUGAGAAAAAAAUCAGCUACAGAGGGUAUGACACAUUAAUUCACUCCCACAGUACGAGUUCCUACAUUUCUUAUUAUUUGUUUUUCUUUUUGUCCGAAAAUUUUCUUAGCACAGAUAUUCUUUUUCUUUUCUUUCUUUCUUCUGAUUCUUCUUCUUCUUCUUUUUUUUUUUUUUUUUUUUUUUUAAUUUUUACUUUUUAGUUUUAUUUUUUUCUGAGUGACAUUCAAUUUCUAUCAUUCAAGUAACAAAUUAUAUUUGCAUGGAGAGUUCUUAAAUUUUGGGAAGUCCUUAUGAGUUGAUUGUAAGAUUCUUUCCAGUGGGUGCAUCUUGAAAAUAUCGAAUUUUAACUGUUCUCAGUACAUGUGAUGUUUUGAUGCUGAACCCUUCUGUACUUAGAAGUUAUGUUGUUGGAUCCCUUCACACAGAUCUACUUUAGUGACAUUGCUA